CUGGGGAGAUUGGAAAACAGGAGGAACGCCAACACGAUCGGCUCUGUGGCCCGUCAGUCUAGACAGAGCGCCCUGCGAUGGCGUUUGAGUGAGGAUGAAAUCUCUACAUUUCGGCCAGAACUCUGCUGCUUAAGCAUGGGAAAUUAUCCGGGAACGAAGCGAGAGCAAGUAGAAGUUAGCCCAGAAAUGCUUCUGUGUCGACUAAAACGAGCUGCUUACAAAGGUUCGAAGAAAGACUUACGUGAGUUGUUGAAAGCGGGCGCUCCGAUAGAUGGUUGUCAUAAAUACGGCAAGACUGCUUUGCACGAAGCAGUUCGACACGGACAGUACAGAUGUGUGGAAAUACUGUUAAAGCACAAUGCUAAUGUUAAUAUUGCCACCUAUGAUGGCUUGACUCCGAUUCACGAAGCUUCUGAACAAGGAUACGUUGAUUGUUUAGCUGCUUUGCUCGAACAAGGAGCACACGUCAACGCGGCCACACGAAGCAACUGGACUGCUUUACACUAUGCCGCUCGUAAUGGCCAUAUACAAUGUUUAGAAUUACUCUCAAAACACGGAGCCAACGUUAAUGCUACUGCAAAUGGCGGUUGGAGGCCUCUUCAUGUUGCAGUUCGUCAUGGACAUACUGACUGCGUAAAACUACUCUUACAAUACAACGCUGAAGUUGAUCCACCUCCAGUCCCUGCAUGGCGGGUCCUUCAAGUACCAUUACAUCAUGCGGCAGAGUAUGGUCACUUGGCUUGUCUAGAGGCUCUGUUGAGACAAGGUGCAGAUGUAAACUCUGCUACUUCUGAAGGGUGGACAGCCUUACACUCUGCAGCUGUAUAUGGACAUACAUCUUGCGUAGAAGCUUUAAUACGAUAUGGUGCUAACGUAAAUGCUAAAACAAUAUGCUUAACACAAGGAACUUCAUAUGAUGACACACCUCUGCACCUAGCGGCAUGGCAUCACCAUUUUUAUUGUAUUAAGAGACUAGUCCAGGCAAAUGCCAAUUUAUGGACAAAGAAUUGUCUUGGUUUAACACCAGAGAGAUUUAUCACCAGAGACUUACGGUUGCGAGAAUGGCUUGAAAAUGUCCAAAAGCAACCGCGAUCAUUACAGCUUCAAUGUUCUGCAAAAGUUAGAACUUUACUGCAACCAGACAAGACAAAAAAUGCUUUGAAACUACCUCUUCCGACACAUCUGCUUAGACUUGUGCUCUUUGAACAAGAUGUCAAAAUCCUAUAGCAGUAUUUACAAAAGCUGGAAUCGAUAGAUAAGCACAGUAUUUUUGAUGGUAAUUUCAGCUUUAUUGAAAAGACACAAAUUUUAGGAAUCCUCAAGAAUUGAUACUCUGAGAUAUAUUAUUAUUUAUUAGUUAAUAUCGAUUCUUAAUGAUAAGAAGACAAGUAUAUAGCUGCGAGAAUACUGCACAGUGGCUAAAUUUUUUACAGAUAUUUCAACAGUUUAUUUGUCUAACUAAGAAAAAUUUAAAUUCCGUCUAAAAUCAGCUUAUUGAAUUUUAAAUCAUCAUGAAUUAAUUAUCAAAGCUAGUGCAGAGGCAGAUCAAGGGAUUUUAAAUGGGGUUUUAUGUCUAUAACAGUGCUUCUUUUCAAUAGCAUGUGUAAAAUCAUUGUCACAACUAAUUAAGUUUUGGUAGACAUCAAGGUGUUUCCAUGUCAUACCAUAGGCAUUGGUCCUUGAAAACUUCGUGAUUUCUGACAUUGUCAUGGUAACCCUUUGAUUGACAUCCACCAAAACCYUAUUUCAUUUUGAYGGCAAGUCGUACUAUUCUGCGCAUGCCAUUAUAUUAUUGAGAAGCAUCAUAAAUGGUUUCUUWUUCUCAACUUUGAGGGGCAUGCUACAUAAAAAAACAGUAGUUGGUCAUCUCUGACUGCACAUGAAAUUGUCACGUGAAUUGAAAAUCUUAAGAAUGUACCCAUUCAAAUUGCACCUCAAAUUUUAUGCCAGUGAGUAACAAUAGGAACCCAUUCUACGAAGAUUAAAGUAGAGAAAAUUUUGUUUGGUAUUUUUGCAUUUUCUUGAUGAUUGGUAUGUCUCUGAACAAAGGUGUACCCCAUCAACUAUGGAUCUGCCUCUAGCAUUGAUUUUAUUAGAAUUUUGUUUCCUAGACAUUCGCAUUCCAAGAGCUAUUUUGUUGUUAUUUUUGUUAUUAUCUUAUAUGCCAAUUCCGAUACAGUAAUGUGAUUUUCAUGGAUUAAGUCGAGGUUAAAAGUCUCAUCUUAAAAAGCAUGGCAAACAUGUCUGAUUUCUUAACAUUGCCGCCUUAAUUGGUUAUAAAAUGAAUAAUUCAUGCUGUAUUUUGAUAUUGAAAUACACUUUUAGUCACUGGUACUACAACUUCCAUUAAUUUCUACAUAUUUUAUUGAUUUCCCACUUAGCCUCAUUUUGGUGCAAUUUAUUCAUGUUUGCCAUGCUAUAUUGGUAGAUAAAGUAGAGGAGUUUUCGUAUGAAUGGGAAACCUGUGGUACUGGCUUACAACAGAUACACAAAACCAUGUACCAUGGCAUUGAAAUGGCAUUCCAGUGCUUCUUUAAUUCAACAUCUAGCUACAGUAGUUUUACUGUGAGUGGGAAUUUGUAAUCAUGCUGUAGUUGUUGAGAUACAUUGCUUAAGAUAGCAUUAAGUGUCUCACGAUUGGACGAUUUACUAAAAGCAAUGGGAAGCCAUUUCAGUGUAUGUCCUCUAAGUCACCCCCCCACUCAUGUGGCAACUGCUCUAAAAAAUACUAUGCCAUAUUUAUCCAUGACUGUGCAGAUUAGGGUGUUGGUAGAUUGACAUGGAAAUAUUUCUUUGUAUUUCACAAUUUMAAUCAAGUGUAGCUAACAAAACAAUUCCUUUUUAGUCCAAAAUGGUAGCUCAAAAUGGAAUCAUUUGAUAAGUUUGAAUGCAUCUUGAAAAUUUGGUCCUAAAAUAUUUACCCAACAGUGUGGACACUCAAAUCAUUAAUACUGGCAUUCCCUUCUGUGAUAUUUGAAAAUUAUAGAUAACCAUUUAUUAAGGAAAACUUUUGAGGGAAACAUUCUGCAAUCUCUGUCACAUACACAUCCAAAACAAAAUUAAUKAUACCAAAUUAAGAAAAAGGUGACYCUCUUCUUCAUGGUUUAAGUGUCCACUGCUGCUUGAGUCAUCUGUAGGACAAAUUAUAUAAGCAUGUCGAGGGUACAUGAGUUUAUAUGUAUGUGAAGAAUAUUAUAUAUUUCUGGCGCCGUAGCAAAAAUGGUACAGAAUUUGGGCUAGAGAAUAAUURUAAUUGUGUAUUUUACACUUUUAAUGUACAAAGUCUUUAUAUGAGUGACUUAUACUCGCUAAACACUAUCAAAUACAGUAUUCAAUAUCUA